AUGGAGGAAAUAGGUAUCGAUCUGAAACUUGAGGACCCCUCGCUUCCCGCACAAAUCUCAGAGAAACAAGCCUUACUUAGCUCUCUUCCUACAGGUGAUGAAGAGCUUUACAGUACUUGGAAAAGACUAGAAGGACAUAGAGAGUUCCUCGAGCUGCAAGAGGAGUAUAUCCGAGAUGAAACACAGAACCUUCGAAGAGAAUUACUGAGAGCACAAGAAGAGGUAAAGAGGAUUCAAAGUGUACCUUUAGUAAUUGGGCAAUUCUUGGAACCUGUUGACGAGAGAAGAGGUAUUGUCGGUUCUACCACUGGCUCAAACUACGUAGUCCGGAUCUUAUCCACACUCGAUCGUGAACUUCUUAAACCAUCUUCUUCAGUAGCAUUGCACCGACAUUCAAAUGCUCUCGUAGAUAUUUUACCUCCUGAGGCAGAUUCUUCCAUAGCAAUGCUAGGAGCGGACGAGAAACCCGACGUGAAAUAUAGUGAUAUCGGUGGCUUAGAUGCUCAGAAACAGGAGAUUAGAGAAGCAGUUGAAUUACCACUUAUACAAAUGGAUUUAUAUAGAAAGAUCGGUAUAGAUCCCCCUAGAGGUGUAUUACUUUAUGGUCCACCAGGUACUGGUAAAACCAUGUUGGUCAAGGCUGUUGCCAAUUCAACGAAAGCCUCCUUCAUUCGUGUCGUCGGAUCAGAAUUCGUACAGAAAUACUUAGGUGAAGGUCCUCGUAUGGUACGAGACGUGUUCAGACUUGCAAGAGAGAAUUCCCCCUGUAUUAUCUUUAUCGACGAAGUCGACGCUAUCGCCACAAAACGUUUCGAUGCGCAAACUGGGUCUGAUAGAGAAGUGCAACGUAUCUUAUUGGAACUACUGAAUCAAAUGGACGGUUUCGACCAACAAACAACUGUAAAGGUCAUCAUGGCUACCAAUAGAGCUGAUACACUCGAUCCUGCGCUUCUACGACCUGGCCGAUUGGACAGAAAGAUUGAAAUGCCCUUACCUUCGAGGAGAGAAAGACGAUUGAUCUUCCAAACUGUAACUUCAAAAAUGAACCUUGGUCCCGAUGUCGACUUGGAAGACUAUGUCUCUCGACCUGACCAAUUGUCAUCAGCUCAAAUCGCCUCCAUUUGUCAAUCAGCAGGUCUUCAAGCCGUGAGGAAGAACCGAUACGUCAUUUUACCGGUUGACUUUGAGGAAGCUUGGAAGGGAGUCGUCAAGAAGUCAGACGAGACCCAUGAGUUCUACCGAUAG